GAGAAAUUAUUUUUUGUAAGAAAGAUACAUAUGCAGCUUCCUCGAAACUGACCAAAAGACUUUCUCUAGCUAGGCAACUUCAGUCAACCUGAACCAUCACUCGCAAAGUUGCAAGGAAGAUCCAUAUGCAGCUUCAUCGAAACCGACCAGAAGACUUUCACUUGCAAACCGUGUCUAGUUACAUCCUUCAAUAUUCAUCUCUAAAUCUGCAGCACCGAUUUCCAUGGCUGUUCGAUACACACCACUGGUGCCCACAACGGAGCCCCUGCAGGAAUUCAACCAUACCCCCAUUUGAAAGGCCUGAAGAGCUCUUCCACCAUCUCACAGGCUUUGAGUUUUGAAUUUAAUCAUGGCAAUGAACCCUUUUCUGGGCAAUGUACUAGCUAAUGCCACUGGUAAUCUAUUAUCUGAUUGUAUAGAAGGAGUAGCGAAUUAUGUUGGAGAACAUAUUGGUUUGUCAAACAGAUUAGAACCGGAGGAUAAUUUUGAAUCAAUAUUGAAAUCAGAAGCAGAGAAGCUACGGGCUUUAAGAGAUGAUAAUGAGCGAGAAAUCCGGAGAAAUAAAACCAAAACUACCUCUAGCUAUUACAACCAGUGGCUUGGUAGUGUGACCAAAAUUCUUCCAGAGCUGGAAACAUUACAAGCUGAAUGUGAACAACAAAGGAAUGUAUUGAUAGAGUGUGCUAUUGGAUCAAAGUUUUGUGAAAAGGUGAUAAAUAUUUUGCAAAGAGUCCAGAAGCUUAUAGAAGAGGGGAAAUUUCCUAGAGGUUUUUUGAUUGAUAAACCUCCAGAACCUGUUAUAAAGCUGGGAUCAGUACCAGACAUCAAAGCAACUGCCACACUUCGAGGACAUUUGGAGGAGAUACUAUUGUUGCUCAGUUGUGAAGAAGUGAAGACUAUUGUGAUUUGGGGGCCACUGGGUGUUGGGAAGACCACAAUAAUGCAGAACUUGAAUAAUCAUGAAGAGGUUGCAAAGAUGUUUCAAAUGGUAAUUUGGAUAACAGUAUCAGAGGAGAGGACAAUAGAGAAGCUGCAGAUGGAGAUAGCAAGUCGGCUUAAAUUGAAUUUGCGAGGCACUGAAACUGCCCAUGAAGUUGCUAGAAGCAUAUCAGAAGAGUUGAAUGAUAGAAAAUACUUGCUCCUCCUAGAUGAUGUCAAGGGUAUCAUUGAUCAUGAUCAGCUGAAUAGUAUUGGAGUCCCAGAUAACGAAAAUGGUAGCAAACUGGUAUUAACAACUGAAGAUCGCAGAGUUUGCUCUAAGAUGGAAUUUGUUAGGGACAUAGAGGUUGAAAAAUUAACUCAACGCGAGGCUUGGGAGAUGUUUAAACAGAUAGUAACUGAUCAAAAAAUUAAAAUUCCUGGCAUUAAAUCAGUUGCUCAGCGGGUUGCCAAGGAGUGUGGUGGACUCCCCCUUGUGAUAAAGACAGUGGCCAGUUACUUUAAAUUUAAAGACACUGUUGCUGAAUGGAGGAAUGGUCUGGAAGAGCUCAGAAAUGGUUCUGAAGUUGAGAUCCCACGUUUAACACAAAUACAUGCGUUCUUGAAGUGUUGUUAUGAUGACUUGAAAGAUGAGAACAAAAAGAGAUGCUUCCUUUAUGGUGCACUACAUCCGGCAGACACAAAUAUAUCCACUGAUUAUUUGGUGAUGUGCUGGGCAGCUGAAAGGUUCCUUGGCAAUGUUGAUGACAGAAGGAGCUUCCGUGCUGCAUGUGAUAAAGGGUAUGUCAUAGUGCGGUAUCUAACAAAUGUGUCCCUAUUGCAGACAGGUAAAAGGAUGGAACAUGUCCAAGUGAACAAUGUGGUGCGACAAGUUGCACUUCAUAUUUCCUCAGAAGACCUUGACAAUAAAUUUCUAAUUGGAGAUCAAACUGAAACUUCACCUAUUCCUCAAAGGGUGAGUGAUUGGGAACAAGCAACAAGGAUCUUUAUGAUAGAUGCAAAACUAGAGGACUUGCCAAAUUUUCCAAGAUGCAACAAGUUGUUGUCACUACUUCUACAAAGGAAUCCUGACUUGAGAGCAAUUCCUCCAUCAUUUUUUGAAAAAAUGCAGAAGCUUCUAGUUCUCAACUUGUGCAAAACUGGAAUAAUGUCCCUGCCACAGUCCUUUGAAAAAAUGACAGGACUUAAAGCACUUUUUUUAAAUGAUUGUACCAGUCUAACACGCCUGCCUCUCCAAAUGAGACAACUUAGUCUUCUUGAAGUGCUUGAUAUUCGCGGCUGCAAGGUAAUCUUCAUACCACCUUCUAUUGGAAACUUGGUUCAACUAAGGUGUUUACGGGUUUCAUACUAUAAACCAACCAUGAUGAAUGGCUAUGAAGGAAUGGAGACAGAUUACAAUGUGAUUUCAUGGCUUUUCAAAUUGGAGGAACUAGUAAUUGAUGUGAUCUCUUAUGAUCAAUGGCGCAUUGAGGCUACAAAUGUUAUCAAGCAUGUUGCUUCCUUGAAGAGGUUAACUUCUCUCAAGAUAUGUUUUCCAAAACCAGAGGUCCUUUGGACUUUGAUGAAAAGCAGGCCAGAAUGGCAGAGUCGCCAACAACUAGCCUCAUUUUGGUCUUUUAUUGGUUGCCAAAACUGUCAUCCUCUUGAAAUUCUUGACCAUUUCAGUUAUCCAAUAGAUAGAUAUUUGAGAUAUGAGUAUGAUGGACAUCAUAUUGGCUCCUCCAUUUCUAAUAUGUUUCCUGAGACAGAUGCAUUGGAAUUGAUUGGCCACAACAACAUUUCAUGCUUCACAGACUUCAUGCAAACACCACGCCUCAAUGGAGUUGUUGGGUGCUUGGUUGAACGAUGUAGCAACAUGGUAACCAUUGUUGGUGGAAAUAAUGCAGGAGGCACAAACAUCCUUCCAUCUUUGGAACAAUUACAUUUAAGGAAUCUGCUACAUUUGAAAACAAUUUUUGAGGGGCCAUUGUCACAAGGAAGUCUAUCAGAAUUGCAAACAAUAGCAGUGAAAGGUUGCCCUAUGUUGACAGAGAUAUCCUCAAAUGGCCUAAUUCAACAACUGCCAAAACUCACAAGAUUGACAAUUGAGAACUGUGAUGAAAUUAAACAAUUGAUUCAGGAGUCUAGUGGCAGUGGAGCAAUGCCAAAUCUUGAGGUCUUGGAAUUAGUUGACAUGAAAAAGUUAGAAACUAUAUGUGCAGAUGAGUCAUUGGCAUGGCCCAAGUUAAAGGAGCUACAGAUAUACCAGUGUGGAAAGCUGAAAAGACUUCCUUUCAACAGAGAAAAUGCUGCAGGGUUAAAGAUGAUCAAAGGGGAACAAGCAUGGUGGGAUAACUUGUCAAACGAGGAGUUCAAAGAGCACUUUCAAUCCUUUGGCAUUCUCAGGUUGGGUGUUUAAUUAUUUGAAGCUGUGCUUAGGAGAAAAGUUGGAAAAAUGAUAGGAAGCUGCAUCUCUGUAUGGCCAUUGUGAAGCCUAAUCAUUAGUUUCACCUUUCUGUCAUUUCUGCUCUCUCAAUUUCAUGUCCUGUUUUAAUAAUGUUUCUACUAUGAUGUUUCUAUUAGGAGCUUGUUCAGACUAGGCAACUUAUGAUAUUUUCUUCUGUGUAGCUUAUGGUGUUAUAUUUGAACAACUUGUUUGGAGAUUCAGUAUAUACUUAUUGUAAUGGUGUGGUGGUUCAGUUGUUGUUAACCAGAUUACCAUCCAUUUUUCUUAUUUCCUUGAGCUUGAAAAUUAACUGACUGAACCUGUAGCGACUCAUCUGAGAAUGUUUGUCAUUAGUUGUUUAUUAAUGGAGAUGAACCUUGUUUUCCCACUUUUAACUCUACAAGAAACUGAAUUUUGAACC